UGGUUAUUAGGAUCCUAUAUAUUAAGAUUUGGUCAAAGCCUAAUUUGGGCAAAAUCUACGCGGAAAUCGGCCCUUAUUUUCAGAAUAGCGUGGACAGCCUAACCGUUUUGUGCUUUUUAGGCUUUAAAAGAUAAGAGAGGAAGACACCAUGAGCGUACACCUGUAUCCACGAUAUGAAACUUACACGUGCCAUCUUUGUCAUUCGAAGGAGGACAUAUGUAAGAAGUUCGCAGCAAAGUUUCAUCUGUUGUUAAAUACUUCUAAAUACUUUCUUCCAUCUGGAAAACUGACACGCUCUGGCGAACAGCAAUUAAAACAGCUUGAACUGAUCCAUGACCUUCACCCCCAACUACGACAAUUGACCAAGGAGUUUCGCAUAAAGUUCCAAAAAUGGUCGAAAUGUCGCUUGCAAGUGAUUGAAGAAUUGUCGAAGUUCAUUAACCAAGUUGCAAACAUGAAGUUAUGUACAAAUGUAGUAAAGGCUUCUGGGCAAAUUGGUGGCAUCAUUGGUGGAAUACUUGCCAUUGGGGGUGUUAUACUUGCUCCAGAGACAGGUGGUCUUUCCUUAACUGCCCUGGGAAUUAGGGUAAGCUUUUCCUCGGCAGUAUUUAAGUGGGGCGCAAAUGUUGUGGACGGUGUGUUUACAACCCUUCAGAGUAAACGAGUGGUUUCUCUGAUUAAAAGAGAUCAAGAACUAACAAAGGAAAUGGCAGAGGUUGCAGAGUCCUUGAUGACAACCAGCAAAGUGUUCAGUCAAGCGGUCGAUGAAUUUGAAAGCAGGAACCAGAUUUUCGGCGCUGAGGAACUUAUCACUGAAUUAAAACAGAUUAAAUCCGAGAGAGACCAAAUGCAAACGGCUCUUGAAGGUGUAGCUAAGGCUAUGAAAACAGGCCUGUUAGAUGCCUCCAAGUCGCCGGCCCUACGUGCGCUAAGUGGAGUUCUGAUUGGAAUAUAUGUGCUUGUGGAGUCUGUACAGCUCAUACAAACAAUAACGGACAUAAAUGAUGGUUCAAAAUCACAGCUCCAAGAAGAGAUUAUGACGUUGACGGCUGUAAUGGUUCGUGAACACGACAUACUGAAGAAACAAUAUGAUAGUAUGUGAACCCAGACAGAUUAUUUCAGUGUCUUCAUUUUGCUGCAAAGAAACAAUGUUGAAACACCGGCAGAUUCAAAGGGGCCCUUCCAACCCCUAUUUGCUAACAAUAUUGUAAUUACUGUGGUAUACAGUUAUUGCAUGUUUUAUUCAAUUUGUAAAUACAGUACUGUAAUAAAGAAAGCAUUUAUUUGAUAGUCUGAAAAGUGCACACUUUACACCAUUUAUUCGUCCUUAUAGCUAUUUGGUGUUUUAUUCAAUUUAUAAAUACUGUUAUCAUCAUCAUGAGGUCGUUAUGGAGAGUUGUGAUUAUUAUAAAUACUGUAUUAAAGAAAAAAUUUAUUUGAUAGUCAGAAAAGCACACACUUUACAUAAUCCGUCCGAGGGCCAAAGUGAAUUCAGAAAAACUUCAUGCACUGAUUUAAUACCUUACUCUCAGUUUUAAUAUUACUUUUUAGAGAUGAUCAGUGUCAGGCUGUAAAAACAAGGUAAUAUUUUGUUGGCCGCACAAAUAUGGUUUUCAAUUUUUAAGAAAUCAUUGUCAGGCUGCAGGCGGCCAGAACUUCGCCCACCUGUGCUUUACACCAUAUAAUCAUCCACCUUGUUUAUGAUCUUAUUUUCAAUAAUAAUUUGUACUUACUUUAAUAUUCUAUUUUCAAUAAUAAUUUGUACUUAAGUUUGGAUAUAUUUUAUUUUAAAUACAGUUGAAGUUUCAAUAAAAAUUACCAGCAGUAUAUAUUCAUCACACUACAGUAUGUAACAUUCAUUUGUAUAAACAAAAAUAUACUGUUUUGUUUGUCUUUCUCUUGGUGCUUUCAUAUUUUUUUUUAGACUAAUGUUAAACAUAGAAAUAAUUUUCUUUGAUUUACUUAAGAUUACAAUUUUUUUAUGGACAUGCAAUAGUAGAGGCUAAUACAGGACAUUUACCACAGUAUUAUUUAAUAAUAUAAAUACUGAAAGGACCGGAGCAAUUUUCUAGUGAAGAUCCUUUUUGUUUCUGUAAAUCUGUUUUGGUUAACAUGGGUCAUUCCUUAUCAAUGAGUUAUCCUUGUCUUCGAUGUUUGUGGUUAUUCAACUUUGAUUUUACCUUUUGAUUUUGUUUAUUUAUAUUUGCCUUGAUAUUAUUAUAAAAGUUAUGAUGCAAUACUGUAUUUUGUUUACCUUCUGUUUGCAUGUUUUAAAGCCAAAUAAAAUCGUAUUAGUAUUUGAGGGAGUUGACCAAAUAGAGAAAGUAUAGGAUGCCAAGAGGGCCUAAAGUUUGGACUACAUCUCAUCUAAUAACAUACUUUGACGGAUGUCGGACCCAAAUUAUAGAGUUUGCUUCCGAGAUGUAUUUCGGAUACACAUAUCCUAUAAUAUAAUAUAAUAUAUAUACUGUAUAAUAAUAUAUCAUAUAAUAUUUCCUGCUAUAAUUGUGUUCUUGAAUAAAUUACAGUAAAGCCAAAUGAAA